AUGACAUGCGAAGAAACCCUCCCCGAAAGAUGGGUCGCAGCCUGGUCCAGCAACGACCCGGCCGCUUUCGCGCAGCUCUUUGCGCCGAACGGCGUCUACAUUGACCACGGCUCACAACUCCACGUGACGCGGAUGGACAACCACCAUCGGGUCUGGCGCAACGCCGUUCCCGACUUUAAGGCGGUGCUGGACCCGUCUACGCCCAUUUGGUGGGCCAAGAACGACGGCGUUGAUGGGAAAACGAAGACGACUUGUGUGUUUAGGUCUCUGAUGAACGGGACGUUUCUGUGA